AUUUCGCAGGAGCCUCGUAUGCUGGACAAGCUACCACAUUCGCUUGGGCAAACCAGAUAUGCGCAGAUGAUUAUCAGGAACGUGCUAUCGUGCUUGCUUCCAUGAAGUGAUUUCUCUUUCGUUUGAUCCCCCCAAAACUGACUUGGACAUCAAGCAUGUGGAACAACGCGGUCAAUGCCUGGUGGCCACUUCUCUUCUACCCUGCUACGGAUGCGCCUCGUUUCAAAAAGGGCAUGAUCGCAAUGAUCUGCACGUGUGGCGCGACAUUGGGGGUGACUUGGCUGGUCUGGUACCUGGAGCGGCGAGAGCAGCGUUUGGCAGCCAGGAAACAUGUGGACCAGAUGAAAGAGGAUAGUCCCGUCGAAAACGGCAAGCCCUUAAAGGACGAGUAAUAGCAAAGUUGUUUGCGUGUCAGACUUUUCAAUGCACCCUCAAACUGUCUGAUUCAUGAAAAAAAAACU